AUGUCCAAACGCGGCGGCCGGCUGAGCCCCGAACGCAGCGCGGUAUGGGGGCCCGGGCUGCGGGCGGAGGCUGCCCUCCCGGCCCGCUAUUUUUACGUGCAGGCCGUGGACGCCGAAGGGCAGAGGUUCACUUCAUCACCGGGUGAAAAUGCAUUCCAGGUGAAGAUCACUGCUCCUGAUGAACAGUUCACUCGGGUUGGUGUGCAAGUAUUAGACAGGAAAGAUGGCUCCUUCCUUGUGAGAUACAGGAUGUAUGCAAGCUACAAAAAUCUGAAGAUAGAAGUCAAAACUGGAGAGAAACAUGUCGCAAAGUCUCCAUACAUUUUAAAGGGACCUAUUUACCAUGAAAACUGUGACUGCCCUCAGGAGGAGAGCAGUGCAUGGCUGGAAGAGAUGAACUGCCCUCAAAUCAUUCCACAGAUUCAAAGAGAUCUAGCAAAUUUUCCCACUGUUGAUCCAGAUAAGAUUGCAAAAGAAAUUCCACAGAGGUUUGGACAAAGACAGAGUUUGUGUCAUUACACCAUCAAAGAUAAUGAGGUUUAUAUAAAGACGUAUGGGGAACAUGUUGGCUUCAGAAUUUUCAUGGAUGCCAUACUGCUUUCUUUGACAAGAAAAGUGAAAAUGCCAGAUGUAGAAUUUUUUGUUAAUUUGGGGGACUGGCCUCUGGAGAAAAAGAAGCCCCCACAGAACCUGCACCCCAUCUUCUCAUGGUGUGGGUCCAGCGAGUCAAAAGACAUUGUCAUGCCAACAUAUGACUUAACAGACUCAGUUUUGGAGACUAUGGGACGAGUCAGUCUGGAUAUGAUGUCAGUUCAAGCAAAUACUGGCCCAUCAUGGGAAGACAAGAAUACCACAGCAUUCUGGAGAGGACGUGACAGCCGCAAAGAGAGGCUUGAACUUGUAAAACUGAGCAGAAAAUACCCAGAGAUCAUAGAUGCUGCUUUCACAAACUUCUUUUUUUUCAAACACGAUGAAAGUCUCUAUGGCCCCAUUGUUAAGCAUAUUUCAUUUUUUGAUUUUUUUAAGUAUAAAUAUCAAAUUAAUAUUGAUGGCACAGUGGCAGCAUACAGAUUGCCUUAUCUACUAGCAGGAAACAGUGUGGUGCUAAAGCAAGACUCCAUCUAUUAUGAGCAUUUUUAUAACGAGCUGCAGCCAUGGAAACAUUAUAUUCCAUUUAAAAGUGACCUGAGUGAUCUACUAGAAAAACUGCAGUGGGCCAAAGAGCACGAUGAAGAGGCAAAAAAUAUUGCAAAAUCUGGACAAGAAUUUGCAAGAAACAAUCUCAUGGGAGAUCACAUUUUUUGUUACUAUUUCAAACUUUUCCAGGAAUAUGCCAGCUUGCAAGUGAGCGAGCCAAAAAUCAGAGAUGGGAUGGAGAAAGUGCCGCAGCCUGAUGAUGACCUUUUUCCAUGUACUUGCCACAGAAAAAAGGCCAAAGAUGAACUCUGA